AUCAGUCCCAUGACGAAGUGAAAAUCGAGGUAACAGAAGAUGAGUUCCUGGAAAGUAAUGAUGGGUCAGCUAAUAAUGAAAUUAAGAGUCCGCUUAAAUGCACUCAUUGUGGAAGGAUCUGCAAAACAGAAGGGGGUCUUAAGUCACACUUGCAUACCCACACGGAAGUGGAGCUUAAGUUCAAGUGUCCCCUCUGCCCAAGGUCGUUUGCAAAGGCUUCGAGUCUUUCCGGACAUAUGCUUAUCCACAAACGACCUUUCCAGUGCUCCCAAUGCUCACACUCUUUCGACGAGGACUCAAAACUUCAAGGUACACCAGGAAAAUCAUUUCAAGCAGUUCCAGUGUUCCCAGUGCUCAAAAAAAUAUACAUCCAAAACAGCUCUUAGGACGCACUUAAUGCAAGUGCACUUAAAAGAACUGCCAUUUAAGUGUUCCCAGUGCCCAAAGGCCUUUAGCCUUCCUUGCAGACUUAAGGCACACCUUCAAAUUCACACAGGGGAGCGACUCUUCAAGUGCGCCGAAUGCGAGAAGACUUUUUUACGUCGCUACUGUUUGGAGGAACAUCUAAGAGAGCAUACCGGAGAACGACCCUUCAAGUGUUCCCAGUGCUCACAGACUUUUGUUCGAUCUUACGACUUGAAGCUACACUUGGACGAGUGCGAUAUCAAUGAGUCCCAUGACAAAGCGAAAGUCGAGAGAACAGAAGGUAAUGAUGACAUUGAGUCACCCCAUGGGUCUGCUGAUAAUGAAAUUAAGAGUCCGUUUAAAUGCACUCAUUGUGGGAAGAUCUGUAAAACAAAAGGGAGUUAUAAGUACCACUUGCAAUCCCACACGGAAGUGAUGGGUAAGUUCAAGUGUAACCUCUGCCAAAAGUCGUUUACAAACGCUUUGAGUCUUUCCGGACAUAUACUUGUCCACAAACGAGCCUUCCAGUGCUCCCAAUGUCCACAAUAUUUCGUCACGGACACACAACUUCAGGUACACCUGAAAACACACGUCCAGGGGUUCCUGUGUCCCCAGUGCCCAAAGACAUAUACUUCAAGAUCAGGUCUUUGGACGCACUUAAAGGAUGUGCACACAGAACUUCCAUUUAAGUGUUCCCACUGCCCAAAGGCCUAUAGCAUUCCUUGCAGACUGAAGGCACAUCUCCGAACUCACACAGUGGAGCGACUCUUCAAGUGCUCCGAAUGCGAGAAGACUUUUAAACGUCGUAACUGUUUUGAGGAACAUCUAAGAGAGCAUUACGGAGAACGAGCGUUCAAGUGUUCCCAGUGCUCAAAGACUUAUAUCACAGCUGCAAGCCUUAGGCGACACCUAAAAUCGCACAAAAUAUCCGACCAAUAAAUAACAAUUACUUUUG